AUGGACAGUUACCCUUCCAGAACUGCGACAGGGGGAAAAUAUGAAUUGAAAUAUGGAUUUACGGCAAAUCUGCCGGCGGAAACCUCGAUGGCAAAUGUGAACGGAACGGAAUGCAAUAACGAGAUGAAAAUAUCGAAAAUUUCCUCCAUCAGUCAUGACAGAUAUUUCAGUCAAGGAAAACAGUCACACGUCGAUAGAAGUAGUAGAAAUUCAAGAGUUCCUUCAGAAGGCUACCGGCAAUUGGCAACUGAAAUAGAGAAGAGAACUCAUAAUAAAGAGCAAGAUGGCGCUUCUAGAGACGAAGGUUCUCCUCUACAGAUCCAGAUCACCUCUACUUUCUCACUCAAUCCAAACAUGUCGUCUAACUCCAGUCACGGCAAGAGGUCAAAUUACCCGCAAACAACCUCUUUUUACUCCCAAUCCACUCAAAGUCCAUCUUGUUUCUCUCACUACUCGACUCGUCCCAUUUUGGGUCAGCGGCACACAACAACGGAAACUAACGCGGAUGUUAGGUCAUACCCAUCAAUACCUCUGGAGUGCUACAGAUAUGCACAUAAUACAAGGCAAAAUAAAUGUGAGGGAAAGAGAGGGGCACGUGAAAAACAUCUAGAACAGUGCUUUUGCAUCUGGGAUUAUCCGAAAGCUCAGUUCUUACUGAGAGGAGGCAGCGAAAACAAAAUGCUUCCAGUAGGAACGAAUAAUCAGCAAGACAAUUCUUGGUCUAAUUCACUGCCUAUCACAAUAGCUGAAGAAACAGGAACUCAAGAUGAAUCGGUUGCUAUGGAUCUGAAAACCAAUGAAACACAAUUGUCGCCGUACUUCGCCACCGGUGAACAUGAUUUGCUAGUAGUAACGGAUACCAAUGACAACGACGAUAAAACAUGGCUUAACGAUGCACAAAGACCAAUUGGGGUCUUAGCUGGAGAAAAAUUGUUACCUUGGAGACAUCAAACCCUGUCCGUAGAAUCUUUCCAUAAAUUAGAUACAACAAAAAAGGAGAGACUACAACAAGAUGAUGCACAAAGUGGCUACCCGUGGGUAUUCACAUAUGAAAAUGGUUCCUUCGAGGUAAGUUGUGGAGCAAGACAAGGUUUGAAGAGAAAUCCCCGCAAUUCACGGAGAUCCAAACGGAAAUAUGGAAAGGCACGGUUUUACGUCACGCCAGCACCUGAACCAUUCCAGAACCUGGAGAUGCAGCUGGCUUUGGAAAAUGACAAGGAACCGGUGGUUAAGAUACCAAACUACUUCUUUGAUGUCACCCAAGAGAAAAGAGCAUAUCAUAAUCCGAAACUCGAGCUUGUUAAUCCCUUAAGAGAAAAAAUUUUUUCAGGCCCUCAGGAUUUGAAUGUUCAGCCAUCACAACAGAGUUGUCUACCCUUUCAAAAACCUCUAAGCAAACCAACAAAACCAGCACUCAGUGAGGUCAAAUGCAACAAAGAAUACAGGGAGGUGACAACUUUGGAGAAUUCUGCGCCAUGCAAAAUAAACAAUAAGGGAACAAGAACCCUAGAUGUAUACAAAAAUUUCACAAAAGGCCAAGGUGCUCUGAUUCUAAAUAAAAACCCAUCUUCGGUCAGAAGCUUUCAAUUUUGUUCAUUUAAAGACGAAAGACCAAAGUCUGCCUUCGUGACCCAAAGCUCUUUAACCAGCGUUUCAUGUCCGCCACCAACCUUAAUGAGUAACUGUCCAAGGCUUACCAGCCGAAAUCAAUACCAACCAACAUAUCCUAUUCUGAAACUACCCCAAGAGAGACCAAGCAGAACAAUCGAGGGUGUAGGCAUUUCUUAUGGGGCUGAAAACUCUUUGAAAUCAAUGGUAGCUGUUAGCUCUCCUUUUCAACGAUCAAGAGAGUUCUUCCAAUUUCAUGAUAUGAUCGCAAAACGUGUAAGUAGCGCCACGUGUGAAAGAAAAGACAGAUUGGAGUCCACAGAAUGUGGAUUUCCUUCUAGUAGUUCGCAAAACCAACAAACAACGAACCAACCAAAAAGUGGUUCGUCGAAAAAAAUGGACAUUUUACCGCAACUGGGGAGUUCCAAAGCAAAUGAUUUCACAGGAGAAAAGGAAGGCCUAUCACGUUCAGAAACUUGGAAAGGAAUCUUGCAUCAUGAUGUGAACUCCACUUACACACAGACAUCUGCCGCUGGAAAUCCAACAAAAGAGGUGCCAAUUGGGGAACGAAAAUAUCAAUGCGAGGUGUGUGGACGGGCGUUCAGUCGAAGUAACACUUUAAUCACCCACAAGCGCAUUCACACUGGUGAUAGGCCUUUUCCUUGUGAUUUGUGCGGUAGGGCAUUCCGUCAACUUGGAAACCUAACUCGUCAUAAACUGACUCACGCUUCUAUCAAACCUCACGCCUGUCCACAGUGCAACAAGUGUUUCAGCCGCACAUCCAACUUAAACACCCAUAUGCGAACGCACACAAAUUACAAACCAUUUUCGUGCGAUUUUUGCGGAAAGGGAUUCCAUCAGAAAGUCGACAUGAAAAUACAUCGCUACACUCACACUGGUGAGAAGCCACACAGGUGUAGCAAGUGCGGUCGCGGCUUCAAACAGCUCACUCACCUGAAGUACCACAUGAGAACUCAUUCCGCUGUUCGAAUGUACAAAUGCGAACACUGCGGCAAAGGCUUCAAUCAGAAAGGAAACCUCCAGGCACAUAUCUAUGGACAUACGGGAAACAGACCUUACAAAUGCGACAUUUGUGGAAAGGGAUUUACUCUCACUUCUACACUUAACACUCACAAACGUACCCAUGCACCAACUAAGCCAUUCAAAUGUGAGUUUUGUGAAAAAGCUUUUUACCAAAAGAACGCAUUAAAAACUCACUACAUAUCAUCUCACCCAUACACGGACGGAGUUUGCCUUCUUUGACAUUUCAUACACGAACGAAGUGUUCACGAGAAGAUCUUUUUAUGAGUCGAACUUCCCUUUCAUUCUUCCUCUUCGAAAGACUGAAAGGCAGCUUUCUUGUUUGUAUCCGGUAACAUAUUGCACGCUGGGUAGAGAUAGAAUAUUGUACAAAAAGACAAAAUAACGUCAAUUGUCAUUUUGAUUCAAGAAAAAAAAAACCAAGAAACAAAACAAAACAAAAAGCGAACAAACGAAAGAACCACAAACAAGAAAACAAACCACAAAACCCGAGGUAAUUGCUAUCGUGUAGCAGUCAACUUGAUUUCACUGAUUUUAUCGGAA